CCCAGUUCUUCACCUCUCCGCUGAAGUAAAGUGGCGCUGGCGGCACAACAAGUUAUUGGUUUUUGUGGGAGCCAUUAUUCCGAAGAUUUCCAAGGAAUUUACUUAUUCAUAAGUCACUAUGCCGGUCGCCGUCAGAGAAGAUGACAUUAAAACCGCCCCUUUCGACCCACGUUUUCCUAAUACGAACCAGACCCGCUACUGCUACCAGAGCUACUUGGACUAUUAUCGCUGCCAGAAGGUGAGGGGCUCAAACUACAAGCCCUGUGAAUAUUUCUCGAAAGUGUUCCAUUCCGUGUGUCCCAAUUCUUGGAUUGAGAAGUGGGACGAUCAGAGGGAGUCGGGUACAUUCCCAGGGAAUAUUUAACUUAAAUCCAUUUACUUAUCUAGUUGUUUAUGUAGCCAUGUUCUUUUUCAAAGCAUUGUAAAGCUAUUUAUGUUAAUAAAGUAAUAAUUAACUACCGUUUUUAUAA